UUAAGUAUAGACCAAACUUAAACUGUGCAAUGUCUGAAAAAAACACAAAAAAUGAAAGAAGUGCUGCUGGAGAAUUGCUUGACUCCCUCUACUUGGAUAUGUUUCAUCUAAUCGAAGCGCACACCCAAUGCCGUAUUGACAUUGAACGKACGAGCUCCGAUGGCUCAAUUCUCCUAGCACGAACCAAGUUCCAACAGGGAGGUCAAUCAUUAUCGACCGCACAAAUCCCAGCUGAAAAUAGUGCAGAGUUUAAUGCUCUAUGCAGAGUUAAAAAGGCUGCAGACGAAGACAUCAGCAUAGAGAGACAUCCGGUGGAUAAAGAGAACGGUUACGUGGAGCCUUUAUAUUGGUUCAGCGUAUUGCCCCCAAUGAGUUUACGGAGCGCAGUAGAUAAAUUUAAAAGAACGAUCGAUUUGAUAGCAGAGAGUGCAAAUCUGCAAAGGGAGCUUAGUAGAGUACUGGAUGGCAUUAACAGGUUACGACAAACUGUUGCAUUGCAAUAAUAUUGAAUAAAUUAUAUGUACAUAUUAUUACAGAAUAAGAAUAAAGUUGAAAGUUCUAAAUAUAUAAAUAAUUAAUUAUGUACUGGGCUGUUAUUUUAGCCACCCAAACCUAUCGGAAUAUGUUAGCUAUCGAUAAUAAAUAAUUUAGAACAUUUGCAAUAUUGCGCAAGUGGAUAGUCUCAUCAGCUGUUUCAUUUUUAUUUUACAGUUUGCAUUCUUAGUAAGUGGACAGCCUCGUUGCUCAUCAUUUUCGUAUCUGGCCAAUGAAUCGAUAUAUAUAUGUGUAAAUAUAUAUGUACAUAUAUAUAUAUUUACAUAUGUAUAAACUUUAGAGCAGCCAAUCAAUAAUUGCUAAAAAGCAGAGUCGGAGAAUUGGCAUUCAGAACGUUUACGAACCUAUUGCAGAUUAAAUUAUAGAACAUGCAAAUUAUGAAUAAUAGAGGCGUAGCGCCCAGCAGAUAACAUUGUUCAAGUUCUUUU